AUGUCAUUAUAUUUCAAAGCUCCUUUUCCUUGGGAUCUGCUGCCACCACCGUUGAAGAUUCAGGCGAAGUGGUUGACUGAUAAUUACCAUGGUAUCUCCUGGAAUUCAGGGUUUACACCCCUACAUAAGUUUGGAAACAUUAUUAAACAUAUUGCGGAUGGGGCAGACAGAAUUUAUGUGAAAGGACGUGAAAAAGCAGCCUACCUGAGAAACUUCACCAGCAAACCAAUAAUCGAGCUUGAAGAGCAGCCUCACCCCUUCACCGGCGAAGUGUUUUUACCAUACAACAGAUAUUUGCAUGUGUGCGAUGUCUAA